UAUAACAACAAAUGUGCAAAAAUAAAAAAGGAUAGAAAAAAAGUGUAGCAAGUCAUUGAAGUAUUCUGGUAAGAUUGAGAAUGUUUUACGGAGUCUUAGCAAUUAUAUUUUUAACUUGUAUUAGUGAUGUUACAGCGGUAAAUCCCAGCCGACGUUACGUCGACGGUAUGUGUACAAUUAGUAGUGAAGGCACGAAACAAUAUAAGACGUAUACAGGUUUUGAAGACUGUCCUAAAGGAGACUGCGCAACAGGCGUUGUUGAUAAUCUGGGAUACAACUGGUGCAGUAUUUGCUGUAAACAAUGUAUUGGAUUUGAAAAGUUUGGACAGAACAAUACAGCUAGUUGGAAUAGCUGGCAUGAAUGGAGUCCCUGUAAUGGAGAAUGCGGCAUGGGAGUUCAGAUGCGAGUUCGAGCCUGCGCCAGGGCUGAGGGAAAACUCUGUCAACUAAAAAAUGGUAGCCACAGUGACGUAGAACAAGAAACGCGAAGUUGUGAAUUAAAUAAAAAAUGUCCACGCUUUAUGAACUGGCUGGCCAUAUCAUUACUGGUUCUCUUUUUAGCCAUUUGCGCAGUUUGUGCGAGUUAUUUUUUUAAUUACAAAUACAAAGAACAUUGUCGACAAAGAGAUAAUAAAAAAAUACACACGCCGAAAGAACCUCUACAAGCUUUUCAUAUGGCUGUCCCAACAAGAGAUGAAGCAAGCAAGGUAUAGAAAGAGAAGGUUGUAGCCGCUUAGAAUAUGUAGGUGAUUAAGAAGUGAAUUCGGUUGGAAACGGAAGAGCUGCGGUUGGUCCUCGCGACUAUGAAGGAAAUGUUUCAGUGAAAAAAAAAAUAGAAAACGAAAACUUUAAAAUAUAAUUAGAGAACAUUUAGAAAAGUAUGUUACUUUCUUAAUACAACAUCGAUUCGUAUAUCUGCACGUCUAACAUUCUCAACUCCAAGGUUGUUCCUGGAGCUUACUUUAUGGGUAAUGUCGAAAAUACAGGAAAGUCUGGAAAAGAAGUUGCCAGGUCUGAUGAUAAUAGUAUCACUUAUUGUUGGCUUAUAGGAUCAAUCAUUUUGUGCUAUUUUUGUUUGUCUCUCGAGGGGAUUUAUAAAAGACUUUGGGGAAAAGAAGGAAAAAUUAGUACUCCAUUCUUUUGAAUGAGUGAAAGAAAAUUUGGUCCAAAAGCAUCACUACCCAUUUUUUAAUCCCGGGGCUAGUAUUUCUUCUUUAUGUCAAAUGAUUAAAAAACCUGGAACCAAGUCGUAAAGACAGUUUAUCAUGAAUGAUGAUACGAACUUUUUAUUUACAUUUUUUUUUACUUUAAAAUAUAGUUCUUAAAAAUGUCUUUAUUAACAUUAUUAUUUAUCACUAGAUCAAUAAAAUUGAAAAUAAAUAUUACUAUUUAAGAA